AUGGGAAAAGCCGGCCACAUCGCGCGUAUCCUCGCACCCUAUGGAUUGACCAUUAAGUCAUUGAUCUGCAUCAUUAUGGUCGGAUUGAGUUGCACAACAGCCAGUUCAAAUCUCUUGUACUAUCUCUACGUCAUGCGCAUAAGGAAUAUCUUCGGUGGUAAUGGCAUUUCCGAUACCACCGCCAACGAUGUUGAGGCUGUAAUCAGCAUCCAUCAGGAUAACUCCGAUAUCGCGGACUACAACAACAUCGGCCUUUUGGGCUACUGUGAGGGUGAGAUAACCAACAACAAAGACAACACCACCUCUUGCUCUAAGCCCGAGGCUGACUUCUACUUUGACCCUCUGGGCCGUCCCGAGAAUAGAUGA